AUGUAUGUGUAUGAAGAAAACAAGCAAGCAAGCAAACUCGCGUUCCGAGUGUCUGAUGUGCGCCAUGUUGUCAUCGUCAUCACUGACGGCCGUUCUGAGAACUACAUGUACACUCAGGCUCAGGCCAAAGCGCUCAAAGACGGAGGGGCCUUGGUGUUUGCGAUAGGAGUGGGCUCUUAUGUGGACGACAUCGAGUUGCAAGAAAUUGCCUCUGCACCAUCCAAUCAUUACCUGUUCAAGACAACCGGAUAUGACGCUCUCCCGUCCAUCAAAGACACCCUCGCUAUCCGAGCCUGUGGGCAGGCGAUCCAGCAGACGAUCGGACGCAGAUAGACGCCAAGAAAAGGGAAACUACUGAUGUGGAGCUGAUUGUCCCAGCACGUUAAACAGAGUUGUAUUCCCUGA